AUGGAGGAUACGUUCCCUGAUUGGUUGGAAACGCUUCCCAAGCUACAAGUCCUUGUUUUGAGAUCCAACAAGUUCCAUGGCUUUGUGAGGAGUCCGAGAGCAGCUCGCCCAUUUCCUGAAUUGCGCAUUUUCGACCUGUCCAACAACAAUUUCAGCGGUCCGUUACCUGUUAGAUAUAUUAUGAAGCUCAUUGCCAUGAUGAAUCGGGAAAAAGGGCGGGGACAGCUGCAGUACAUGGGAGGCUAUGGUUAUCAAGAUUCAGUCACGGUGACCAUGAAAGGAUUGGAGAUACGCCUGGUGAAAAUUUUAACAAUAUUCACGAGUAUCGACUUAUCGAGCAAUCAUUUUGUUGGGGGGCUUCCCAUGGAUAUUGGAAGCCUGAAGUCACUCAAAGGGCUAAACAUUUCUCACAACAAUCUUACAGGCUAUAUCCCUCCAUCUAUCGGGAACUUGAGCGAUCUCGAAUGGCUAGACCUCUCUUCGAACCAGUUCACCGGAAGGAUUCCUCAAGAACUAGCGGAUUUGACAUCUCUUGCAUUCUUGAACCUCUCGGAGAAUCGGCUCAUCGGACCUAUUCCACCGGGACCGCAAUUCAACACAUUCAAGAGCGACUCGUUCGAUGGGAAUCUUGGAUUAUGCGGAUUUCCAUUGCCGGAGACAUGCAAGAGCGGUUCACGGGAAACUCCACCAGAAACCAUCCUGCCGGAGAAUGAUACAGAGCAUGGAGGCUGGUUUGAGUGGAGAACCAUAUUAAUUGGUUAUGGGUGUGGAACCGUGGCUGGAAUCUCUCUGGGAUACAUCAUUAUCGAUUCCAAGAAACUCGAACGGCUUGUAGGAUUGUUUGACGGGAUAGGAGCUAAAAUGAGAAGGAAGUCAAAGAGGAAUGCUCGGAGAUCUUACCAAAGAUGA